AUGGACAGGGCCCAGCGGCAGCAGGCACUGGCCCUCCUCCCCAUCUGCCUCGCCCUCGCCUUCUCCCUCACAGCCCUGGGAAGCAGCCACUGGUAUGAGGGGACCCGGAGGGUGGCCAAGACACUGUGCCAGGACCACACGGGAAGGCCGCACUGCAUUCAUUUCAGUGGCAAUGGCAGAAUGGACAACGAGAGCCAGGCCGUCCAGUACAUUUGGGAGAUGGGGGACGACAAGUUCAUCCGACGCAGGUUCCACGUGGGGCUCUGGCAGUCUUGCGAGGAGAGCCCCGGCGGCGCAGGUGAAAGGUGCAGGAGUUUCCAGAGUAUAAUACCCACUGAAGAACAAGGUGUGUUGUGGCUGUCCAUUGGGGCCAAGGUCCUGAAUACCCUCCUGAUGUUGACAAGUGCCAUCCUUCUGGGCUCCAGAGUGAGUUACAGCAGCUGUGGGUCCCACUGGUUCCAGGUGGAUGCUGCUGUAGCUGUCCUCAUGGUGCUUGCAGGGCUCCUGGGCAUGGUGGCCUACGUAAUGUACACAACCAUUUUUCAAAUCACCGUGAGCCUUGGGCCGGAAGACUGGAGGCCUCAGACGUGGAACUAUGGCUGGUCAUACUGCCUCGCCUGGGCCUCUUUUGCCCUCUGCAUGGCCGUGUCAGUCAUGGCCAUGAGCAGAUACUCAGCAGCCCACCUGGAAUGUACAGAGGAGCAGAGGGUGCAGAAAGGCAGUCGGCACUCUGAACACAAUGUCCUGGAACCUGAGGCUCUGGAAGUGGUUUGGGAAACAGAAGCUGCUCGCAGCCUUGUGGGGCAAGCGCUUGUGACUUUCUCUGAGCACCUGCCACCAGGUGCUCCAGUUAGGGUGUCCAUGUGCUAGCCAGUGCUGGUGGCUGCCAGAUCUGCACAGGCA